UCUAUCCUUCUCAGACCCCAUUAUAUGAAAUUUCACUGAUAUGUUGCUGUUGCUGUAAAAGCUUUUAUCGUGUUUAAAGGAGAAUAUCCUUUUUUGGUCCGGUGGAAUUAUUUUGGCAAAUGAAUAAGCAGUGAGAGGAUGAGAAAGAAAAAAGUGGGGAAGAGGUGGGUAAUGUUAUUAUCUGAUCCCAUCAUUCUUCUGUGCUUGGACCCGAACCAGGAACUGCUUUGGAAUCUGGGGCACGAGGCACGACCCAUUGUUAUUCUUAGAAUAAUGGCGACCAUAGUAAUGUUCCCCGGCGCUAGUCUGUAUGUGAAGUCACAGCUAUCAUUGUCGCCUUCAAAAGAAUCAAAGUAUCUUCUUCCUUCUCAGCCACUAAGUCAACAUUUCUCUUCUUCCUUAUUAAUUCGGCGACCAAUUCGUUAUUCUCAAAUUGUAUCUUGUUAUCCUGAUCAGUCUUCUUCGCCAAGGACUCGGUUGAACCUCAAUCCCUCAACGAAGCUCUUUGUUAGCGGACUCUCAUUUCGCACAACUGAAGAGAGCUUAAGAAACGCCUUCAACAACUUCGGGGAGCUCGUGGAAGUCAAUUUGAUGAUGGACAAAAUUGCCAACAGGCCAAGAGGAUUUGCUUUCCUUCGCUAUGCUACGGAGGAGGAAUCACAUAAAGCAAUUGAGGGAAUGCAUGGCAAGAAAAAAUCAAUUUAUGUCCAUUCUAGAUGGAGCAGUAAGUUCUCUGAGCUCGAUAUGCUUUCCUACAUCUUUUGGGGUUGAAGAUAGAUGUCCAAUGAAGAUAGACAGUUAAAAAAGAAAAUAAGGUUGAUGACUUUACAUGCCAAGUGGGUGCGUGACAAGUUCACAUAUUGGAUACAGGUCUUGGUGUGGGUUUAGAAAAUUUCAUCUGGCUUCCCAUAAUUUAUUAUUUGAUAGAUUGAUAAAUGAAGACUAUUAAAUGCAUCAGAAUUGAUAACAACCUACAUCAGCUUUAGCCGAUAGAGCGCUGGAUUUACUGUCAAUGAAAUAUUAUUGCUGUAAAAAAUAUAGUAAAAGUGAAGUUCUGACAAAAGAUGGAAUAAUUAGUGUCUCUUUACUGAAGAAAUUUUUUGCUCUGCGUCCGUGGAAGACAGAACACUGCCUGUGUGAGCGGAAUGGUUUUUGUAUAAUUUUGUACUGAAUAAUGUUGGUGUUAGAUAAAUUUAUUCAUAUAGUCGACCCCUAUUUGUUAGUGCAUGGAAGUGAAGCAAGUCAUCUUUGUGUGACAUGACGAUGUAUGACAAAUAAUUUUCAAUAAAAUAGUGUGAUUUGGAUGAUGAUAGGUUAUAUUUAAAUAAAAUUAAGUUCUUAUACACCUGCCUAGGAAAGUAGAGUUACCUUUCUAUCAUUAUCUGAACUUUACUACCUAAAUGAAAUAAACCAUAGAAAAAUAUAGAAAGAAAUGAGUUGGUCAUAUCAUAAGCUCUGUUAACAUGUCAAUAUUUUGCUGGGUAUUUUUUGUGAUAACUUUUGGUAACUUCAGUGUUAACUCUUAGGGUUUCAGAAUCAUGGACUUUAUUCAAUAGAUAUGAUGUGUCCAAACUAUCAAUUAGGAGUAUUUCAAUUUUACAAAGAUCUAAAAUAUCUGAGUUCGAAAACAACCUCGCUGCCUUUACAAGGGGGGUAAGGUAUGCGUACACUCUACCCUCUCCAGAGCCCACAUAAUAUGGGUAUGUUGUUGUAAAAGCAGUUCAAACAAAUACUACUCCCUCCGUCCCAAAAAGAUUGUUCUCUUUUGACUUGGCACAAAGUUUAAGAAAUAAAGGAAGAUUUUUGAAAUAUAUGGUCCAAAACAAGCCUUAAAUAUUUGUGUGGCUAUAAAUCAUCUCAUAAAGUUAAAUUGUUUCUAAAUAUAGAAAGAGGACAAUUUUUUUGAGACAGACUA